AUGUUUUUAGGAAGAAGGCGAGAAAAAUUCGGAUUGAUUAUUCUGGGCAAUAGUGGCGUUGGAAAAAGUUUUUUAGUUAAUAUUAUUCUCGAUAGACCAUUGUUCAGACAUCAAUUCUCGGCUAGAUCUGUUACAGAUCGAACUGAGUCAACUAAUUGCACGAUCGGUGGUCAACAAUGUCGAAUUUACAACAUCCCUGGCUUGAUAGAAGGCAAUACAGAACGUUUUGAUUUAAAUCGACGUGAAAUUCAACGAGCAUUUAACGAAGAAAAAUACAAUUCAAUUAUAAUUAUCUACGUCUUCGGACAUCAGAAUGGCCGAAUUCGACAUGAAGAUAUUAUGAGUUUUCAAGCUAUUCAUCAAGCUUACGCAUUCUCACUCGAUUCAUUGAUUGUCAUCGUUAACGGAUUACCUCGUAAAAGAUCGAUUAACUACAAUGAAGAUACUCGAAAAACUCUGAUCGAUUUACUUGGUAUGAAACUUCGGCAUGUAUGCUUUAUUGAUCAACUUGAUGCCACCAAUAUCAAAAAUUACGACAUUCGUCAACAUUUACUUGAUGCUAUUUCGAAUGCUUAUCCUCGAAAGCAUAUAAAAACGGAUGAUAUACAUGUAAAGAAUGAUGAAGUCGAUCGACUCAAGACUGAUCUUGGCAGACUUCAUAUUUGGAUGACGAAGGAACAAGAGAAAUACACAGAUACCCUUGCACAGAUGGAACAAGAUUGUCAAGCAAUGGAAAGUCUAUCAGAUUUACGUCGUUUAUUUUGUCGAUGCAAAAUGGAUCUUCAUCAAUUAGCAAUUUAUCAGAAACAAGCGAGACAAAUACUAUAUUUUAUUGAAUAUUGGGAAGACGAAGAGAUUCGUCAUAAAAAUGAGCCACAUUAUCGCGGUUAUCGAUUAGUUACACGGAAUAAAGACAAAGCUCUAGAAGACUUGAAAGUCAAUCAAGAUAGCCAAGAUUCGGCUACAAUAUCUCUUAAUAGAUGCCGUCGAAAUAUCGAACAAAUAUGUUACGAACUUGAACAGAUUUAUGGCAGAAGAUUAGGUUCUGAUUACAAAGCUGUUCGAGAGUAUUAUGAACUCUGUGAUGAUUUGCAAUUUGAUGAAUCGAUUCAAAAGGUCCACCAUAGUUUUAUGUAUGAUUUGUAUGAUUUCAAUUGCAGACAUUUUCUUGAUUUUUCAUUGAAAUAAAGGAUGAGAACAGGUACCAUAAUCUAUAGAUUUCAAUAAAAUAGGAGAUAAGAUUUUUAAAUUCAGAGCACCACACUAUUAAGAAAUUUUUAGAUUGAAAGCAUCACACGACUAGUUUCGUCCUCGCUUAAGGGACUCUACGGGCAUAUCUACAAUCUAUUAGUACAUAUAUCCGUAACUCUCCAAUUUUUGAAGUAGCCAAAGAAAAAUUCAUACUAAUAUCCAAAUAACAAUAUUAAAUCAUUGUUAAGAAAUGUUUAGAAUGAAAGCAUCACAGGACUAGUUUCGUCCUUGCUUAAGGGACUCAUGAGGUUUGUUCAGAAUUUCAUAAUUACAUACAAGUCAGAACUCGCCCAAAUUUUUGAGAAAGUUAAGGCUGAAACGUAAUUAAAUAAGAACCAUAUAUUUAAGGUAAUAAUAAAUAUAUAGUUAUUUUUUUAUAAAAGAUUUUCCAGAUUGAGAGCAUCAUACGACUAGUUUGAACUUUGCUGAAGUGUAUAUCAUCAGGGAUGCAUUAUAUUUAAGAAAAACUACGACAAUGCUUUCGACCUUUCUCAAGGGUCAUUUCUCAGGUAGUUUUAGCACUGCACAAUUUCAUAAAUUAAAUUGAAAAGAUACAAACACUUCCCAGAUUUAAUCUGUAAAUUUGAAGCAAAACAGAGAUUUCUUAAAUAUAAUAAGUUGUGUAUCAUGUUUAAGAAGAACUACGACUGCAGUUUCAUACUUUCUCCACAGAAUUUCUCCAUAGAACUCGUCAGGUAGUGUUUAUCAUUGUAUAAAUUUAAAAUGAAACUAAAGACAAACUGACUAUUAUUGCCGAGUUGAUAAAUUGAAUUCUCUUGUUAUACAUCACAUGAAAUGAAAAAGUUACCAAGAAUAGAAAUGAAAGGCGACUAUUGGUUUAAUUCUAUGAAUGAAAAGGGGAAACUACAGUAAGUACUGUCUUGUUUGGUUGAAUGCAACUGAAUUACGCUAAAUUAGUCGAAGCUCAAUGCCCAGAAUAUUUCAUUAUCAUGGAAAGAGAAACGGCACGAAAUACAUUGUGGCUGUUUCUUUUUGAAUAUGUUAGGAUCCAGAAAACAAUAUUUACUCUUUUCUAGAUCUCAACUUUGAUCUAGUAUUUUGGUAAAUGACCCAGCCAAGAGUCAGAUUAUGAAAAAAGAAACUAUUCGGAUCCUCUUCACAGUGUUGCAGUUGAUUUUGCAUAUGUUAAAAAUGUAUGUUCAGAAAUAUUCACCGACAGUGAUGAUGAGGG